GGGAAUCGAAAUAACCCUGUUAGUACUUUGUCAGAAUGCUUGCUACUGGAGUUCUAGUGUUUGCGUUUCUUAAUUUAGUCCAAACUUCCACUCUGUCUGUGGUAACAGAUGAUGAAACAGAAAACUUAACAAGUCCCAACCUUGAUACGUUGGAUUCUAACAAUGUGGACGUCUUUAGACAGCUUCUAAACCAGGAAACCAUCAUCAGAAUGACUUUAGUCAAGAAUGUUCACGCGCUUAUGAAAGAUAUGCUGACAUUACAAGGAAAACUAACUGUGGCCGAAAACAUGAUUUCUACGAUUCAAACAUCGACUGAUCAUGAAAUAUCUGAACUUAAAAAAGAGGUAGAUAUAUUACAAACGGAGAAUUCUUUUUUGAAAAAUCACAGUGCCUUCUGUAAAAAUGAUUUAGAAAAACUCAAAGAAAACUUGGAUAAUGUUACAAAACGUGUAACCGAUGUGAAAGUUGAGGUUAGGUAUUUGACUAUAACGUUAUUUGAUAUCAAUGAUCGCUAUCGUGAAAUGGAAAAGCUGGUUCAGUAUUUUAAUGUAUCCACGGAGAAUAUAAAAUCAGAAAUAGCGAACAACGAACACAAACAAUCAGCAGCGCUCUUGGAACUGAAAACACAACAUAUGAAAACUAUUGAAAAUAUCCAUAACACCACACGGGCUCUUAAGGCGGAUAUUAACCAAUUCCAGAUGGACCAUUUGAAGUUAUCGGCUUCUGUAUCAUCUUUGGAACUUUUCCGUAAUAACCAGACAGGCAUUACAUGUGAUCCAAAACAAGAAGUAGCUUUCACUGCUGCAGUAACAACCUUGAGUACAACUUGGAAUAGCGGGACUUUGAUGUUCGAUGUGGUCAUAACGAAUGUCGGAAAUGGAUACAACCCCCGUUCAGGGGUUUUCACCUCUCCCGGGAAAGGGACUUACGUAUUCUAUGUCAGUGCUCUUGAAUAUCUUCAGCAGUAUCUAGGAUUAGAAAUAGUACUGAACAACGUGCCGAAAGUCCGACUGAUCGGAGAGAGCGCUGCUGCAUACCAGACCGGAACUAACAUGGUCGUUUUGAAUCUCCAAAAGGGAGACAGUGUCUGGGUGAGACAUCAUCACGGAAAAGGCUAUUACAGUCAUAGCAUACCAGUUACAACUUUUUCAGGGUUUCUUCUUCCCUCAUAGAAGAUCUUCCAAUAAUAUAUACCAUAUCAAUUUUUGUGGCAUCUUUCUUCCAAGCUGUUUUGUUUUUAUUUUUUUAAUAAUCCUAUAACAAACUUUAUUAAAUUGACACGUUUCACAAAAUAUUUAAAUUGAAAAACUUUGAUCAUUAGAUAAUAAGUCGUGUUUGUUUCUACGAUGUAAUAAAAAUGUAUAAGAAUGGAUAUAUUUGUUGUGUUUAUAACAACCCAUGCCCCAUUUUACACCAGAAUAAUUCAAAAACUGGUAAAAAUGCAUAAAAUUUGUUAAAAAUUGCAUACAAUACCUCCUGCACAGACGUUUAUUAUUUUUCGUCAAAU